UUGUUGCUGUUUAACCAGUUUUACCAUAUUGUAUUAUCUCUGUAGCGGUUGAACGAGCUAAGAAGAUGCUGAGAGUUGAUGGAGUUGAGAUUCGAGCAAGUAAAGGUCAAAGUAAUGCUUAAAAGUUAUUAUGUAGCUUAUUUCAUAGUUUUCUCGAAUUUAAGUAGUGUUUUUAGUGUGUUUAAGUAACGUAACCUCAAAAUAUUUUUAAAUAUCGUGAAGUGAACCAAUAAAAAGAAUUGUUUAUGGAUUAAAACAACGUGGUAGUUUCUAAAUAAGUGAUAUACAAUAAGAACAUGUUAUCGUCCAAGUUUUUCAUGUUAAUAUUGUUCUUAAAACUUGCAUCUGGUGUAGAAGAAGCAAAAAAUUCUUGUGAUAAAUGUUACUGUGGAAAUUGGAACGAAUUAAACGUAGAAAAGAAGAUUAUAUGUCCAGAUUACUACGAUCCCUUGGUUGAAAUCAGUUAUAAGCCGCCCGAAAAGCUGCGAAUACAAUGCUACAAUAAUUUAACAAACAUCGAUGAGCUUGAGUUUAAUUUUGGUGAAGUUUCUUACGUUGAAAUUGAAGACUGUCUAUUAAAGAAUCGUUUAAGCAUUUUUGAGAAAUGGAAUUUAACGAAUGUGAAAAAUUUAAUGAUGAAAAGAACUUAUUAUGUGAACUCAAACAAUGUGCUUCGUAAGGAUUUAUUUGAAAAGACCAAAAAAGAAACGUUUGAAAACAUUUAUAUACACUCUUGUGAAUACGAAGCGAUCGAAGAAGAUGUUUUUGAUGGAUUUAUCAACUUAAUAACAAUAAAAAUAGAAUUUAAUUUUUUAAGAGAAGUUUUAAAUAUUUUUAAAUACUCACCAAAGAUAGAGAAGGUUUCGUUUCAAAGCAAUCAAAUUGAUUCAAUUCCAAACGGAAUAAACGCCCCAAAUUUAAUUACUUUGCAUUUAAACAAUAACAAAUUAAAAAAUUUAAGCGAAAAUUUCUUUUUAAAUAGUCCAAAUAUAAGUUUAUUGGAAUUAAGUGCCAAUCCCAUUGGAUAUUUACCGGAUAAUCUUUUAUUUAAUCUAAAAAAUUUAAAACGUAUUAGCAUUGGAUUUGAAGGCGAUGAUAUAAAAUUAAAUAAUUUAUUCCAAGAGAAUCAGAAACUACUUACUGUCAAAUUUCGUGGAGGAAAUAUCACUUUAUCAUCGAAUUUAUUUAAAAACUUAAAUAACUUGGAAAGCCUUUUUAUAUACAAUUCGAAAUUAAAAGAAUUACCAAAAGAUUUAUUUAAAAACACAACCAACAUUAAUUCAAUCACAAUUAGAGAAGCCGGUUUAACAACACUCCCAAAUGGAAUAUUCUCCGAUUUAAAUCGUUUAAAAUCGCUUGAUCUAUCUUCAAAUAAACUAACCGAGUGGAAAUACGAAUAUUACGCGAGAAAAUUACCAAAAUUGGAAACAUUAAACUUGGAUAACAACGAAUUGAAAAUAAUUGGACAAUCCUCUUUUAUGAAUUUGCCCGAAUUACAAACACUUCAAAUGAAUUCUAAUAAAAUAACGAGUUUGUUACGCGAAGCUUUUGAUAUCAACAAUAAAUUAGUAAAAUUAGAACUUAACAACAACAAUUUAUCGGAAGAUGAAGAUAGUUUUAAUUAUUUACGAAGUAUGGAAACUUUAAAAAUUAAUAACAAUAGUUUCAGCGAAUUUCCUGAUGUAAACAGUCAUGUACAACUUAAAAUGAUGGAAAUGAAGUAUAAUAAACUUAGACGAUUUGAUCUUUUAUCAAUAUUGGCACUACGAAAAGUAGAUUUAACCGGUAACUUAAUAAAUAGACUCGAUAAUUUCAUAAUUUUCAACAUGUCUACGUUAAAUUACCCAAGAUCUUACGAACGUGAAUUAGUUUUAAAUAAAAACCCGAUUUGGUGCGAUUGCAGCGUUUAUAGUCUAAUACAAUGGAUCAAUAACGAUAAUCCUAAAUUUAAUAUGAUCAUUGAUGACUUAAAAUGUUCGUAUCCACAGAGAUUGUCUUCUCGAUUUGUAAAAGAUAUUACCAUCCACGAUUUAAAUUGUAAUCUACGAUCAAAGACGACUCCACAAUAUAGUAAUCGUUAUGAUUGCCCAGAAAAUUGUACCUGCUUAUUAUAUCCAAGUAAUUCCACAUUCAACAUUGAUUGUUCGAAUUUGGGUCUUGAAUCACAACCAAAUUUGGGGUUAUUAACCAAUAAAAACAUCGAAGGAGUUAAUUACACAAAUUUUUCAGUGGAUUUAAGUCGAAAUAAAAUCCGUACUUUUGAUGAAAAUGAAGAUUACGUGAAUGUAACCCGUUUGGAUUUAUCGAGAAAUAAUUUGACGAUUAUUUCGUGGAUUCCUAACGAUUUAAAGGUUCUAAAUUUGGAAUCGAAUAAAUUGGAGAAUUUUGAUGAUGACGUUUUGUUCCAAUUAAAGAAUAUUUUAUCAUUAAAGUCUUUGAAUUUAAAUGAAAACCCAUGGAAUUGCGACUGUUCGUUAAAUAAUUUAACUUUAGCUACUCGAACGAGUUUCCAAAAUAUUCUUAAAAAUCCCGAAAAUAUUUUAUGCAGCGAUGGGCGAUUAUUAAUUCAAUUAACCGAAUCCGAAUUGUGUCCCCAAAUCGACGUUUUCACGAUAAUCUUAAUAUCAAUAGCAGCAUUCUUUGUUAUAACAACGACAAUCCUAACCAUACUUUAUUUCAAACAUGAAACAACCAUAAAAAUUUGGUUAUAUUCAAACAAUAUCCUUUUAAAAUACGUUUCUGAGCAAGACGCUGAUAAGCAAAAAAAAUACGACGCAUUCGUUUCUUAUUCGCAUAAAGAUGAAUCAUUUAUACUCGAACAUCUCAUUCCUGAGCUUGAAGGGGGUCCUCAACCAUACAAAUUAUGUUACCACGAACGCGAUUGGGAAGUUGGCGAAUUUAUUAAUCGACAAAUAAUCGAUUCGGUUGCAAAUUCACGUCGGACUAUCAUCGUGUUGUCCAAAAAUUUCUUAGAAAGUUCUUGGGCUGCCGUUGAAUUUCGUACGGCUCAUACUCAAGCGAUGAAUGAAAAAUUAAAUCGCUUAAUUGUUAUACUUUACGAUGAUGUAACUCCCGAUGAUGUUAAAGACGAGGAAUUAAAGACUUAUUUAAAAACGACAACUUACAUUAAAUGGGGUGAUCCGUGGUUUUGGAAAAAAUUAAAAUACGCUAUGCCUCAUUGCACACCACCAAGUAAAAAACGAAAAGAACAAGAUGAUAAAAUGAAACAGAAAGUUGAAAAUGUUAUGAUUGCGAUUGAUGAUAAGCUAGAUUUAACGAACGGGGGCACAACGCCGAAUACUCAAACGCCGCCGGCUUUAUCUGUUGACCCUUUAUUGCUAAAAAUUAAUCCUUUACAGUUUAAAAGUGAUAAAGUGGAGAAAAAUCAAGUUUUAUCUACUCAUAUUUGUUGAAAGAAUGUGAUUUUUUAUUGUUUUAUGUGAUUUAUAACCGAACAAUUUUUUUUUAGGUUAGGUUUUUUUUUUUUACUUACGAUUAAUUAUGAAUAAAACAAUCUUUAAGGAAUUAAAUGUACAUAAAAUUAACAUUAAGGUAAUAAUAUAAGUCAAUUACAAGGAAAGGAACAAUAUUUUAUAUACUAUAAUAUAUUUUAAAGGUAUUUUUCGAGAAGUUUAUAACGAGUUUGAGUUUCUAAGAAACUUAUUUUUAUAUAAAAACUAUUUUUUAAGAUAAUAAAUGUGCAUAAUGAAUCUAAUAAAGAGAUCUAUUUCAGUUAUUUACUUGAA